AUGUUCCUCGAAGCUGUCACGAUCAAUGACCUCAAACAGAGAAGUGUCUACUAUCAUGUUGGUCAUGCUCUUCGGACUGGCUAUGCCAAGCGACGGGUUCAAAACUCGGCCUGGACUCGAAACGUAGCCUGGAGCAGGAUGGUCCACCAUCUUCUCAUCCAUCAGGUCGCCGUCCAAGUCCUCGUCUGCGUCCACGUCGAAAUCAUCAACGUCCUCCUCGUCAACAUCGUCAACGUCGUCAACGUCGUCAACGUCGUCAACGUCCUCCUCGUCAACAUCGUCAACGUCGUCAACGUCGUCAACGUCGUCAACGUCCUCCUCGUCAACAUCGUCAACGUCGUCAACGUCGUCAACGUCGUCAACGUCCUCCUCGUCAACAUCGUCAACGUCGUCAACGUCGUCAACGUCGUCAACGUCCUCCUCGUCAACAUCGUCAACGUCGUCAACGUCGUCAACGUCGUCAACGUCCUCUUCGUCAACAUCGUCAGCAUCCUCUUCGUCAACAUCGUCCCCUUCGUCCUCCUCGUCGUAGUCGUCGUCCAGCUCGUCCUCGUCUUCGUAAACGUAGUCAGGGUCCAGGUUCUCGUCCACGUCAGAGUCGCUGUCUUCGUCAGUCAGGUCGUCAACAUCAAGAACAGGACUUCUCCAAAAAUUCACAUCACUAUACUGAUUUAUGGUAUCCUGCGGAGCAAAGUUCCCUUCCUUGGUACCAGAGAUCCUCACUGGAGGGAAAAACUGGUCAACAAGCUCUCCAAUGGAAACGUAGGUCGACUUUUUGAUCCCGUCUUGGACAAUUCCAUUCAAAUAGGAACGCGUGGAAUCGGCAAGCCCAACAGAACGGGCAGUCAGGUACAAAAUAUUGUACCCGUUAAAUUCAAUAUCGUGAAACAACUUGGCCACACCAACAUGGGUCCAGUCUCUUCCCAGCAUGGUCAAAACGUGUCCGAGAGCAUCCGACUUGGUGAUAGUACCAUCUAUAUCCGAGAUCACGAUCGGAACGUUGUGUUUCCAGAGGAAAAGCUUGGCGGAAACCAAGGCUCUGCCUUUAUUAACACUGAAUUGCAGAUCGUUUUCUCCUGGCUUCAAUCCCAAACAUUUGAGUUGUUCGGAGGUCAGUCUUAG